AUAUUCCAUCCUCCAACAGAACCCCACUCAGGUUUCCAGAUAUGGUGUUAGAAUAAGUUUAUAAAGACCAAGAAGAGAAGAAAGAGAAGACUCCAAAAGAGAAGACUCCAACAACUACAUAAGAUGGAUAAUGAUAAGAAUCACAAGGCAGAGGAAGCUAAACCGAGAUUGAGAUGGAGUUAUGAGCUUCAUCACAGGUUCAUCGACGCCGUUAAUCAACUCGGGGGACCAAACAAGGCGACGCCUAAGGGUUUGAUGAGGAUUCUUGAGAUUCCUGAGCUUACUUUGUACCAUCUCAAGAGUCAUUUACAGAAAUAUCGGCUCGAGAUAAGAGAGAGAUUCAUUGGUAACAAGCAAGAUGUUUCUUCAGCUGCAAAAUCCCAAGAACGUCAGAAUCAAAAAUAUUUUGGAGAUCAACCUGACGUCAUUGUCACAGAAGAAAAAGAUGACGAACCUAACAAAAACUUGCAAAUCAAGGAAGCGAUAGAAAUACAAUUGGGAGUCCAGAAGAAGCUUCACGAACAAAUCGAAAGGAAGUUACAGGACAGGAUAGAGGCACAAGGGAAAUAUUUAGAGUCAGUGUUAAUGAAAGCUCAAGAAACUCUCUCCGCCUCCGGUUACAGAUCUUCUAAUCUCUAUGGAGCAGCAUGGACGGCGAGUAGAAGUUGUCUCAGUUCGGAAGAUGACGAGGCUGAGGAAGAAUACGAUUUCUUGGGUCUCAAGAAAGCGGAAAAUAAAGGGAUUGAACCAACGAGAAGUUUAGUUGACUGCUCGUUGGCAUCAUCAGAAUGCUCAGAAGCAGAACAGGAUAUUCAUUCUCUGACCAUUAUGAGGAGAUCAAACAAGCUUCAGUUUACGGAGAAACCAGAGGAAGUGAUGGAUCGGAAGAAGAGAAGGUGGGACGAUGUCGUUUGCGUGGAACAAUCUAUCCGGAAGAGAGCCUUUAAAGACCACGACGAUGAGGACUUGGGUCUGAGUUUAAAUAGUUUCAAGGUUGUGGAAACAUGUUCCAAGUCCAAAAAAAUAGGACUAGUCUAUUGGGUUACAAGAAACCUGAGCCUUUUAAUAAGAUAUGCUAAAAUAUACUACAUCGUGUCUAUGCAUUAUCCGUCCAUAUAUAUAUUACAUAGAUUCUUGUGGGUGGAAAACUAAAAAAA